AUACCGUCUCAUUUGAAAAAUAUACCGCCAUAAGUCCGCGGUCCCACUGCAACCCAGUUGCGUUUGGCAUUUUUUAGCAUCUUUCGGCACAACACAGAUAAAAUGGCAGCUCUACGUGGAUGGAAAUUCGUUGGCUUCGUAUCCUGCAUUGUGGGAGCCAUUGGGAUAGCGGUGUAUCCUGUUAUACUGGACCCAAUGCUCAAUACGGAGAAGUACAAGUCGCUCCAGGAGUACAGCAAAAUAAAAAGAGAUGAGCUGCAACAUACUAUCAAAAGAAAGGACUGAAAGGGAAAGAUGUAUUUAAAAAUGCUGUGCCAUGUAAUUGGCAUGCGGAUUAGGCAUAAAACAAGAUGUACAUUUUGUAGUUUCCAAACAACCAAAAACACAAAAACUAUUUGUUAUCGAUAAAUAUAAUUUACCUAAUGUUCGUAUAAUUUAUGCAAUUAAGGUACUCAGAUAUUAUUUGAUAAUGUACAAUAAUAACCCGGAUAACUUCCGCGCAAAAGUUAAAAUAUAUUAUAACUUUAAA